AUGACUUCUGAUCCCUCCAACAGCAGCUCCUCCUCCUUCAUCCUGGUGGGUGUCCCUGGCCUGGAAGCUUUCCCCACCUGCCUGGGUGUCCUUUUCUGCUCGGCCUAUGUCAUGGCCCUGGUAGGAAACGGGGCGGUGUUGCUGGUCACUGGGCUGGACAAGUCCCUGCGUGCCCCCUGCCACCAGCUCCUGGCCAUGCUGGCGGCCGUCGACGUGCUCAUGGUGACGGCCGUGGUCCCCAAGCUGCUGAGCGUGCUGUGGCUGAGCUCUGCCGAGAUCGGCUACGUGGCCUGCUUUGUCCAGAUGUUCCUUGUCCACUCCGCGACGUCAGAGGAGUCGGGAUUGCUCCUGGCCAUGGCCAUCGACCGCUACGUGGCCAUCUGUCACCCCCUCCGGUACCACAGCAUCCUGAGCGCCCGGGCCGUGGCCCAGAUGGGCCUGGCCAUCGUGCUCAGGGCUCUCCUCUCCAUGGUGCCCCUGACGGGGCUGCUGACGUCCCUGCCCUACUGCGGCCCGCGCGCGGUGCCCCACUCGUACUGCGAGCACCAGGCCGUGGCUGGGCUGGCCUGCGCCGACCCCGCGCCCGCCGGGCUCUACAGCGUGGCCGCCUCCUCCCUCACCGUGGGCGCGGACGGGGCCUGCAUCGCCGCGUCCUACAGCCGCAUCCUGCGGGCCGUGCCGGGGCACGGGGCGCGCCGCAGGGCCCUGAGCACGUGCGGGUGCCACCUGUGCGUGGUGCUGCUCUUCUACCUGCCCGGCAUCGUCUCCGUGUACCUGCAGAUGUCCCCCUCUGACCUGGCAGCUCAUGUCCAAGUCCUGGUGGCUGACUUGUAUCUGCCUGUCCCCCCCACGCUCAACCCCCUCGUUUAUGGCAUAAAGGUGAAGCAGAUCCAGGAGGGGACCCUCAGACUGCUGGGGCAGCUGGCAGGACUCAGGUUCAUGAGCUGCCAAAGGCAGGGCAGAGGCUGA